GAAAAGGGAAUUCCAACCUGUGGAAACUUGGGGGUACCCGAGGUUGGCUCCUUCCCCUUGACUGUGGAUGGUGCCAGGGAAAGAGCCUCUGGCGGCUCGUGGGGGGCAGUUUUGGGGUCCGCAGGGUGAGGGCGGAGGGGAGUGUCAGAGUGUGAGUGGGAUACGGGAGUUCCAAACUUAGAAUCUUGAGGCCCGCCGGGCUCCGGCGCCGGGGAGAGGGAGCUCGGGCCGCCAUGCGGGACAGGACCCACGAGCUGAGGCAGGGGGAUGACAGCUCGGACGAUGAAGACAAGGAGCGAGUCGCGCUGGUGGUACACCCGGGCACUGCACGGCUGGGGAGCCCGGACGAUGAAUUCUUCCAGAAGGUUCGGACAAUUCGGCAAACUAUUGUCAAGCUGGAGAAUAAAGUCCGAGAGUUGGAGAAGCAGCAGGUCACCAUUCUGGCCACGCCCCUUCCCGAGGAGAGCAUGAAGCAGGACCUGCAGAACCUGCGCGACGAGAUCAAACAGCUGGGGAGGGACAUCCGCGCGCAGCUGAAGGCCAUAGAGCCCCAGAAGGAGGAAGCUGAUGAGAACUAUAACUCGGUCAACACAAGAAUGAGAAAAACCCAGCACGGGGUCCUGUCCCAGCAAUUCGUGGAGCUCAUCAACAAGUGCAACUCAAUGCAGUCCGAAUACCGGGAGAAGAACGUGGAGCGGAUUCGGAGGCAGCUGAAGAUCACAAAUGCUGGAAUGGUGUCUGACGAGGAGCUGGAGCAGAUGCUGGACAGCGGGCAGAGCGAGGUGUUUGUGUCCAAUAUACUGAAGGACACACAGGUGACUCGACAGGCCCUAAAUGAGAUCUCGGCCCGGCACAGUGAGAUCCAGCAGCUUGAGCGCAGUAUCCGUGAACUUCAUGAGAUUUUCACUUUUCUGGCUACUGAAGUGGAGAUGCAGGGGGAGACGAUCAACAGAAUUGAGAAGAACAUUCUGAGCUCAGCAGACUAUGUGGAACGUGGGCAGGAACAUGUCAAGAUGGCCCUGGAGAACCAGAAGAAGGCGCGGAAGAAGAAAGUCUUUAUUGCCAUCUGCUUGUCUGUCACUGUCCUCAUUCUGGUGGUCAUCAUUAGCGUCUCCACGUUGGUUUGAUAGCGCUGCAUAUUCUCGGCACUAAGAGCACCAGGGACCCCGGGUCUACCUUCUCUCCCAGCAGCUGGGGGUGGGCAGGACAGAGCCUCCAGCCAGACCCCUUCCUCACACUGGCCUUGUGCAGAGGGGCAGACGGUCCUUCUGGGGUCGGCAGCCCCUCAUCCAUGGGGGCCUCCCUCCUCAAGCCACAGUGCCUGGGGGCGGGCCUGCACUGUCCUGUCUGGCUGGGACAUGUGGUUUUGUAAGAAAUUAAAAA